GGUACUGGACAGAGCGUCGGUGUGUGUGGGCGUGGGCGUGCGUGUUGUAAGAUGACAGGCUAGCGGGGGCGACCUGUACUUUUUGUCUUUCCACCGUGAGGACGCGAUGUUCCCACCCGAAAGCCAUUUGAAGCAAAAUGGCGACGUCCACCACCGCAAUUUUCCAACCCGACGACACCGACAAGCUGCUUGUUAGAUAUUUUUGUCCAAUCAGAUUGCAGCGUGUACACGUUGCCGUGCCAAUCUAAUCUGCCUAACGGCCGGUUUACAGGACUCGGACAACAAUGACCAUGGGACUCUUCCUCUAACCAAUCACAUUUCAAAUUCGCAUGCAUUUUCCCAUCCUCUGAUUGGUUGGUCGGCGCAAAACUUAAUUUAAAUCUGCACAAUAUUUGACAAGUGGAAAGCAGCACGUCGGCCUCGUGGUUAGUGCAUCGGCCUAACACUUCUGAGGUUCAUGGUUAGAAUCUGGGUUCUGGCUUUCUCUUGUGGGGUGCUGGGAUUCAUAUCGGCACGCCCCAAAAUGGCCUGAUAGCGCCCAUGCCAGUCAGUAAGCUAUUCAGUAGCACCUUUCAUAUUAUAACAACUAACUCAAACAGAGGACAGCGGUACUGUCCGACCGCCUGAAGCGUUUCCUAUAGCUAUAAAAAAAUGGUCAGCUAACCCCUAGCGAACAUCAGAAACAGCUAUGAUUAAAUGCAGCAAAUGCUAAUGAUAGCAGUACCCUGGUAUUGAGUGGUUGAAGUUAAGAAAUGUGGCGUCGCGAGGCCUAUUUAGGCCCCCUAAAAUCUUCUAAAUCGCCCCCAAAUAAUUCACUGUUUUUUUCAUUCUUAAUAUACUGUGUAUACAGUCCCCUCCAAAAGUAUUGCAACUGCAACGGCAAUUCCUUUGUUUUUGUUGUAUACUGAAGACAUUUGGCUUUCAGAUCACAAGAUGAAUAUGAGACAAAAGUUCUGAAUUCCAGCUUUUAUUUCAUGCUAUUUACAGCUAGAUGUGUUCAACAACUCAGGACAGAGCACCUUUUAUUUGAAGCCACCCACUUUUCAAGCGAGCAAAAGUAUUGAAACAUGUGACUGACGGGUAUUUCGAGUUGCUCAGGUGUUACCUUUUAGAUUGAUUGCUUAAACAGAUAGUGCUAGUUUCGGUUUUGGAUUUCACCUGUGAAAACUGCAUUUGCUGUUAAGCAAACCUAAACAAUGACAAAGUGUGACUUGCAGUUGUGGUCAUGGAACAAGAUGUCAUUUGUGUGUGUGCGUGUGUGUCAUGAGUGAAGAUCAAGAGGAGGAAAAAGGAGGAAGACGAAGAAGAUGAAGAAAGUGAAAGAGGAUGACGAGGAAGAUGAAACAGUAAUAAAUCGCUGGGUACUGGGCCCGCGACACUAGUGAGGAGAAGCGGCUCAAAAAAUGGAUGGAUGGAUGGAUAUAGCGGUACGGUAGGCGACUGGUUAGAGCGUCAGCCUCACAGUUCUGAGGACCGGGGUUCAAUCCCCGGCCCCGCCUGUGUGGAGUUUGCACGUUCUCCUGCGUGGCUUUUCUCGGGGCACUCCGCUUUCCUCCCACAUCCCAAAAACAUCCAUUCAUUGGAGACUCUAAAAUUGCCCAUAGGUGUGAAUGUGAGUCUGAAUGGUUGUUUGUUUGUAUGCGCCCUGCGAUUGGCUGGCGUCCAGUUCAGGGUGUACCCCGCCUCCUGCCCGAUGACAGCUGGGAUAGGCUCCAGCACGCCUGCGACCCGCGUGAGGAGAAGCGCGACAGAAAAUGGAUGGAUGGAUGGAUAUAUAUAUAUAUAGAGAGAGAGAGAGAGAGAGAGAGAGAGAGAGAGAGAGAGAGAGAGAGAGACAGACAGAGAGAGAGAGAGAGAGAGAGAGAGAGAGAGAGAGAGAGAGUGAGAGAGAGAGAGUCAGUCAGUAUAAGGUGGCCGGUAUGGAAGUUGAAAUCAAAGAAAAAAAAUCAUCUAACCUGUCAUCGUUCACUUCAAUCGGAUCAUAAAGAUGCUGGUUUCCCUUCACUUGAUGGUGAAGGAUUCCCAGCGUGUUAUCUAAUCCGCUCCACUUCGGUUAGGGUUAUCCAGUCCACGCUUUUGCUGCGACCGUGCUCGCAUUUGUUACCUGGGCUCUCGUGCCGCUCGUCUCGUUCAUUCCCGCCCACGGCGAUUCAAUGAGCCAAUCCCAACUCCCCUUUUGACCUCGCGCGGUCUGAACCCCCUUACCAGGAAGUGGAAGACGAGCGUCAAUCGCGGGCUUGAAGACAAGUGGGACUUCGCCAACAUUGUUUUGCCAGCGGGGAAGUUCGGCGUCGGGGUCGACGUGUUUGGUGUAAGGCCGAGUCGUCUCUGCGGAAUCUUUGCGGGGGUUUCGCCUGGAGUUGGACUCGGAGCAUAUUCAUGACCUCCGGAGGAGAAUUCCCGAAGACGCUGUCUUCCUGCAGACGAGCAACUUGAACCUCAGUACCCUCAGGCCUCCGACGGUGAUCGGCCAGUUCCACACCUUGUUCUUCGGCUCGGUGCGGAUGUUCUUCCUGGGAGUUCUGGGCUUUGCUGUGUACGGAAAUGAAGCGCUGCACUUCAGUUGCGACCCGGAUCGCAGAGAACUCAACCUGUACUGCUACAACCAGUUCAGACCCAUAACGCCUCAGGUGUUCUGGGCGUUGCAGCUGGUCACUGUGUUGGUUCCGGGGGCCGUGUUCCACCUCUACGCGGCCUGCAAGAACAUCGACCAGGAGGAGAUCCUGGAGCGACCUAUCUACACCGUCUUUUACAUCAUCUCCGUUCUCUUGCGCAUCAUUUUGGAAGUCAUCGCCUUCUGGCUGCAGAGUCAUCUCUUUGGCUUCCAGGUCCACCCACUAUAUAUGUGCGACGCCAGCGCGUUGGAAAAGACCUUCAACGUGACCAAGUGCAUGGUGCCCGAACACUUUGAGAAGACCAUCUUCCUAAGCGCCAUGUACACCUUCACCGUCAUCACCAUCCUCCUCUGCAUCGCCGAGAUCUUUGAGAUCCUCUGUAGACGACUUGGCUAUCUCAACAACCAAUGACCCCUCCAGCGGACGGACACAAACCGUCACCACUGCCGCAUCCCCACACCUUUGUUUCUCAUCAGCCUCUUGGUUAGCGACUGCUGGACUCAUGCGGAACAGGAAGCUAACCCAAGGAUGCCACGUGCAAGUCUGAAAUAGUCCACCCUUCCCUGAGGGAGGUCAUCCCACAGGACUGCUGGGAGGACAAGUAAGACGUGUCGUCGGGAUGCGAGGACGUUGACAAUGAGCCGCCUGCUCAUCCAUAGGGAAGCGUCAUUGCUCCGGACUGCAGGUGCAUCCUUCCUCACAACUUUAUGUUUGCGUGUGCAUGUGUGUGUGCGUGUGCGUGUGUGUGCGUGCGUGCGUGUUUGUGUGUGUGUGUGUCUGUCUGCACGCUCGCGUGUGGGUGGCCGCCUCCAGCCCAUUGUGACCUUUCCCGCAUCGACAGGAAGACACUUGUAGAUAACAAACGUCUCCAAAAAAGGACUGUGAUGACUUUCAAGGAUUUCCAAUAGGAAGAAAACAUCUUGCAUUCAAAUAGUUUGUCUUGAAUCAUUGUGGACUUUCAAGUCACAAUCGAUUGGUCACAUUUGUAAGAAAAGAGUCAAAGAGAGAAGGUUGUGUUGAAUAAUUGGCUUGUUGAAGGAAAUAAGUCAAAGGAGGUCUGAGCUUACGUAAGAAUAUCAACAAGUAGCUUUUAUUGAACAACAUCAAAUGUUCCCAUUUUUAGACUUUUGGUCUCAUUUAGAAUGUCAUAAAAUGAUUGACUUAUUGUCCAUGUUGACACUUCACAUAAUGCUGUUUUUAUUUUCUUAAUCAGACAUCCAUCCAACUUUUGUUGUGAAGGUUUCAUCUGUUUUUCAUCUCAGGUACAAACUUGCAUUAGCGAACAAAAGUGGAUCACUUUGAAUUCUUUUCAAGAGGAUUUCAAGGUGCUGCUGUGUUUUCUCGUGCAUGUAAGUGGAUGCUUGUAGGAUUUACUUCCUGUUCAGCAAAACAUGGUUAUUAGAGGACGUGUUAACACCUGUGGAGCCGGGAAAUUGUGAACUCUACGAAGCUCCAAACCAAAAGUGGAGCUUCUAUCAUUGCGUGUUUCCAUUUGAAACAAUCCCAAUCCAGGAUGAGAUUUUGUGUCUGGAACAUUUUCAACAUCAUUAUGAGGAGCAGCUUCCGGUCACUUGUUCACGAAACCUUGACUGUAACCUCUCUGGUGCUAAGCUAUUGGCGAUUAUUUGUGGUCAUUUUGCACACACUUGUGUUGCUGGCAGGUGGUAAACAACAUUAUCCUCAGUUUACUGAUGUCAUACCUCCAGGUCAUCGCUAGCAGCUCGUGAGCUGGCUGCCAAAACGCUACCAACAAGAUCACAUGGCACAAACAUGGCGACUACUACCUCAGAAACCGAGUCAACAUGGAGAUACCAUUAAUGUGCUAAUGUAGCUAGCAGCUAGCCCAGCAGCUGAAACCUUUACCAUGCUAAAUUGGACAGCAGCUAGCCUAACAGCUAAUAGCUUCAAAAUGCUCAAGUAGCUAGCAGCUAGCCCAGCAGCUUCAAUAUGUUAAUAAUUUAUUUCAGUUCAUCGUGAAACAUUUAUAGACGUGUGGAAUGAGUGGCUGACUUCAUACAUUUCAAAUAAAUCUGCAUUUUUCAUAUUUUGGACUUCUUUCCAACGUCUUCAUAUGUUGCUUCACUGUAAAAACUAAUUCAGUUUCGUUUUGUUUUUUAACCGUUGAUGCUUGUUUGUGUUUUAAGUCCUUCAGUGUGUGCAAAGUAAUCAUUGUCAACAAAAAGAGGCAAAUAUUCCAAGAAUACACUUAAAUAAAAAGUAUGUUUCACUUCA